AAGGAGGAGCAAACAAUAAAGGAAGGACAAGAGGUGUUAAAGCCGGCACAUUGGAUUGGCUUUUGCUUAGAGAUUAGAAGAAAACAAAAAAGUGAUCAAGCGCAACAGCGAAGAGAUCAAAGAUGGGUUCAACGGAGUCACCGUUCAAAUCAGAUAUAUUGAAAGGAAAAGUAGCGUUGAUAACAGGUGGAGCAUCGGGAAUCGGGUUUGAAAUAUCAACACAAUUAGGUAAACAUGGUGCUUCCGUCGCUCUCAUGGGCCGUCGGAAACAAGUUCUUCAAUCCGCUGUUUCUGUUCUCCAAUCACUUUCGAUCCCAGCGGUUGGUUUUGAAGGUGAUGUCAGGAAGCAAGAUGAUGCCGCCAGAGUUAUUGAUUCCACUUUCAACCGUUUCGGUAAGAUCGAUAUUCUUGUUAAUGCUGCUGCUGGUAAUUUUCUUGCUGCCGCUGAGGAUCUCUCCCCAAAUGGAUUUCGAACCGUUUUGGAUAUUGAUUCUGUUGGCACAUUCACUAUGUGCCAUGAAGCACUUAAAUAUCUCAAGAAAGGGGGACCAGGAAGGGACUCUUCUAGUGCUGGUGGAUCAAUAAUUAACAUUAGUGCUACCUUGCAUUAUACAGCUUCUUGGUAUCAAAUUCACGUAUCUGCAGCUAAGGCAGCUGUUGAUGCCACUACAAGAAACUUGGCACUGGAAUGGGGAACAGAUUAUGAUAUCAGAGUCAAUGGGAUUGCACCAGGUCCAAUAAGUGGCACUCUUGGCAUGAGUAAACUGGCUCCUGAAGAAUUAGGUAACAAAGCCAGAGAAGAAAUGCCUCUAUUUAAAAUUGGGGAGAAAUGGGAUAUUGCAAUGGCUGCUCUCUACCUAGUAUCAGAUGCAGGAAAAUUCAUUAAUGGCGACACUAUGAUAGUUGAUGGUGGACUUUGGCUGAGUCGGCCUCGUUAUAUACCGAAAGAGGCAGUGAGGCAAGUAUCACGGGCACUAGAAAAGAAAUCCAGAAAUGAACCAGUUGGUGUUCCCAAAAGCAAGCUGUGAGCCAGCAGAUUCAGUAGGAGACCCUCCACGCUGCUUUAAACAAUACAAUGAAUGGAGGAUAUGAUCUCGGUAACUUAUAAGUUGAAACUAUUUCUCCAACUUAGACAUAUAGAAAUUAUGAUAAUUUCAAGUUGCGGCUACAUCCCACAG